AUGCAUGUUCUGCUUACCGGCGGAAAUGGGUUUUUAGCCGCUCAUGUUCUCAACCAUCUCCUUGAACGCAGCCACACCGUAGUUACAACCGUUCGAAGCCAGGAAAGGAUCAACCGCAUUAAGGCCCUUCAUCCAACCCUACCAAAAGACAAGCUUGAUUUUUUCAUUGUGCCCGAUGUUGCAAAACACGGUUCCUUCGACUGUGUUUUCCAAGGCGACCAUGUCUUCGAUGCAGUAAUUCACACAGCUAGUCCUAACGUGCGAAGCUGCAAUGACGUCCAAAAAGAACUAUUGGACCCAUCCAUUAUUGGAACGACUGGCCUGCUCUCUUCCAUAGCUCGCUUAGCACCUUUCGUCAAGCGCGUAGUUUAUGUUUCGUCCAUGGCUGCUUUGAUCGAUGGGUCAAAGGGCAAUUGGCCGGGACAUACGUACACAGUCGCUGAUUGGAAUCCAAUUACACUUGAAGAGGCACUCGAUAACUCGAGUUGGAUUCCUGGAUACCGUGCCAGCAAAACGUUUGCUGAACGUGCUGCUUGGGAGUUUAUGGAUCGAGAAAAGCCUCGGUUCACAUUGACUACCCUCACUCCUCCUGGUAUCUUUGGUCCAAUGGUCCGGUAUCCAGGUUAUCCACCAGAGCCACUGAAUGCUUCUAAUGAGAUAUUUAGUAAGCUUCUUGAUGGUAAAAUCUUCCCUACCGGGCUUUACACCUGGAUCAACGUUACGGACGCUGCUCUUGCACACGUAAAAGCAAUAGAAGAGGAAAACUCUGCCAGCGAACGCAUCUUCCUCACAUCUUCGGAGCAGCUUUGCAUCAAGGAUGUAAUAGAGAUCAUCUACGAAGAGUUUCCAGAACUCCGCGAAAGGCUGCCGGCGAAAGACACAUGGCAUAUCGCUGGAUAUCCCGAAGGCGGCGUGUACAAGGUAGAUGCCGCGAGGGCGAAGGCUCUCAUUGGAAGAGAGUUUCUUCCCUUAAAAAGCACCGUCAUCGAAACCGUAAAGACUUACAAGGAUUAUCUUGAAUCCUGA